AUGGCCGCACAGACUAAUGAUCAGAUGGACAAAUCUUUUCUCACAGCUUCGAUCCCAGAGCUGGUGAAGGGAAUGAAACAAGAUGAAAAGAUCUCUUUAUUAGCUGGUAAAGACUGGUGGAAUACCGUACCCAUACCUAGACUCAAUGUCCCGAGUAUCAAAUUAUCAGAUGGGCCGAAUGGUGCUAGAGGGGAGAGCUUCUAUCACAUGUGUCCUGCAUUAGCAUUUCCCAAUGCGACUUGCCUUGGCGCUACGUUCUCCACCGAAAUCGCUGAACUCAUGGGAUCAUUACUUGCAGAAGAGACAAAAUCUCGAAAUGCUUCAUGUUUAUUAGCACCUACUAUCAACAUUCAAAGAUCACCCCUUGGUGGAAGAGCAUUUGAAUCAUUUUCUGAAGAUCCAACACACUCGGGUUUGCUUGCUGCGUCGUAUAUCAAUGGAUUACAAGAUAAAGGUGUUUCUGCGACAAUUAAACAUUUUGUAGCUAAUGAUCAAGAACACGAGAGAAUGGGUGAAGACAGUAUAAUUGCAUCUAGACCGUUGAGAGAUAUAUACUUAAGACCAUUUCAAAUCGCGCAGAAACAUUCCAAACCAUGGGCAUUCAUGACUUCCUAUAAUAAAGUGAAUGGUACACACUGUUCGGAAAAUGAUUGGCUUCUUCAAGAUAUAUUGAGAAAAGAAUGGAAGUUUGAUGGAUUGAUAAUGUCAGAUUGGUUCGGAGUUUAUUCUGUAUCAGACUCAAUCAACGCAGGAUUGAAUAUCGAAAUGCCAGGCCCUACGAAGUGGCGUCAAGAAGAAUUAGUUUCACAUUCCAUCCACUCUCAUAAAAUCGAUAAACGCACUCUUGAUAGAAACGUAACUCAGAUCCUGAAUUGGGUCCAAAAAGUUGCUAAAAUGAAUGAAUCAUUGGUAUAUGCUGCUCCUAGUGAAGAAAAGACCAGAACAGAGCAUCAGAACGCAGAUGCAAAGAUUCUUAGAAAGAUCGGUUAUGAAGGUAUUGUUUUACUUAAAAAUGUUGAUGAUGUCUUACCUCUCAACAAGCCUCAGAAGAUUGGUGUCAUAGGUCCUAACGCAAAAACGAAAGUCUUGACUGGAGGUGGAUCAGCACAACUUCGUUCAGCUUGGUCGGUAUCACCUUGGCAAGGUCUACAAUCUUACAAACCCGAAGGAGUGGAAUUAUCAUAUUCAAUAGGAGCUGAAACGUCAAAAUACCUCCCUGUUUUAGGAGAAGAAUUCACCACAUUAGAUAAGAAACCAGGAUUCGAUUUGAAACAUUAUCCUAUCAUCGAAGACAAACAAGCACCUCAACCUGUUAUAACGGAACAAUGGGAAACAUCAGAUUUGUUUAUGGCAGAUUUUAAAGAUCCUAAACUUGGAGAUCACUAUUUCACUGAACUCCUUUCGAUUUUCACUCCUACAGAAAGUGGAGAAUGGGAAUUUGGUUCUUGCGUCACUGGUAAAGCUUGGUUAUGGAUUGAUGACCAGUUGAUCCUUGAUAAUUCUAAGUAUACUUCUAGAGGUACUGGGUAUCUCGGUAAUGGAAGCUUGGAAAAAAAGGCUGUUUUCAAGGUCGAAGCUGGAAAGUCAUACUCAUUGCGAUACCUACACGAUAGUAGAGUUCCUUCGACUCUCGAAACCAGUGAUUCUACGCCUUUCAAUAUUAAUGCUAUGCGAUUAGGUGCUCAUCCUAACAUCGAUCCUGAACAAGCGAUUUUAGAUGCUGUGGAACUGGCAAAGUCAGUGGAUGUUCCUUUAAUAAUUGCUGGUCUUAAUGCAGAUUGGGAAAGUGAAGGAUAUGAUCGACCUAACUUAUCACUGCCUCUCCGAACGGAUGAACUCAUAUCUCGAGUGGCAGAAGCAAACCCAAAAACAGUAGUCGUCAUUCAAGCUGGAUCAGCCGUAUCUAUGCCUUGGAUAGAUAAAGUUUCGGGGGUAGUCUAUGCCUGGUAUGGAGGUAAUGAAACUGGAAAUUCAAUAGCGGAUAUAAUAUACGGUAGAAUAAAUCCAUCAGGUAGAUUACCAAUUACGUUCCCUAAAAGAGAAGAGGAUAUACCCGCAGCAUUGAAUUAUAAAUCAGCCAGAACUAAAAUUCAUUACGAGGAAGGAAUCUGGGUAGGAUAUAAACAUUAUAAUGAAAGACAAAUCAAACCUUUAUUCCCUUUUGGUCAUGGUUUAUCUUAUACAACAUUCGAAUAUUCAGAUCUCAAAAUUACCAAUACUCCCAAGCAAGGUGUUUCGCCAGAUGAAUGGAAAAUUGAAGUGGAAGUUAAAGUGAAAAAUACAGGGGGGGUUAUUGGAAGUCAUUCAGUACAUUUCUAUACUUGUCCUCCUGAAGAAUCUCCUACAAGCUUGAAACAUCCCAAACAAACCUUACAGGCAUUCAAGAAAGUCAAAGAUCUCUCACCCGGCGAAUCAACUACUGUGACGGUCACAUUGGACAAAUAUGCCAUUUCGCAUUGGGAUGAGGUAUGGAAUACCUUCAGAGCAGAAUUAGGAGAAUGGUCUCUCAAAGUUGGCGUAGAUGCUCAAACAAUGGUAGGAGACGUCAGAUUUACGAUCGAAGAAGAUUUAGAGUGGACUGGUCUCUGA